ACCCACAUCUGUCCCAGCAUAAUGUGUCCAUUUUGGAAAUUCGGACUUGUAAUUCGGAAGAAGGAAAACCAUCGUCAUCGACAAUAACAGACCCAGAUACUCCCAUUUCUGUUCUGGAGUCAUUUGGCGUGCGAUUUAUUUUCGUUCACAUGAAAUAGAAUGGUAAGAACUCAGAUAUGUCAGAUAUUUUUGUGUGAAUAUUAAAUGAUAAAAUGACAAAUAUCUUAACGAAAAACUCGGUGUCUCGAACAAGAUAAUCGUUAAAUAUUGGACAUAAGAGUUUAAAAACAUGAAAUCGGACACAUGAAGUGCUAGAAUAAUCAGAGUCUGCAAUUUGACCUUGAAUACUUUAAGACUCGCUAUAAGAAAGAGUUUUAGGAUUUUUAUUUACUUUUUUACAGACAAGAGAGGUGCAGCUGAGGACAAGGAAAAGGGAUGUGUUAGGCCAAAUGUUUUUGACGUUUUGAUGAAUGUCCAAAAAUCAUAUGACAAACUACCCUCUUCAAGCCUUUUCUAUACUUGUGGGUCUACGCUGUUCCCUUCUGGUCAUAGAUAUCCUGAAACCAUUGUAGUCAAGGAAGGUCUGGAAUGUACAGCUGAGAUGGAAACUACCUAUUAUGCAGGCAUCACGACCAAGUUUCAGCCAGUUUGUUUCUUCUGUGGGGAUACUGAAGUGGACAGCACAUCGCAGACUGUGCAAGACUUGAGAAAAAACUAUAGCAUUGUCAGACCUAUUUGUGGAAACUGCAUACCAAGAGGCAUUCAGCCUAAAGUUCGAAAUGCUUUGAAAUUGAAUAAAAAGUGAUCAUGGAAAUUAAAGUUGACAAAAAAAAUGUGUUUUUUAAUUUUUAUUCAGUCAAUUUAAAUACUAUUUGGUUAAGGUUCCAAUUUUUUUUUUUCGACCACCCAACGUAUAUUUUGGUGGCAAAAAAUCAUAAACCAAAAAAAAUAAAAACUUUGGCCUAAUGCAUGUAAUUUUCAAAGACAGAAUAAAAGCAAUAUGAAUAUAAAUAUGUGAGUAAACAUAGUUGAGAGAAAUUUGAUUCAAGUACAAUAGCUACAAUACCCGCAACGUUAUUCUUGACAUUCCUAUCGUGUUCUAUUGUGCGUGUAUCCUAUCCUAUCGUGCGUGUAUCGUGUUCUAUCGUUUAUCAUGUCAAGAAUAACGUUGCGGGUACUGUAUAAUGCAGAUCAAGCUUUUCAAAUGUACAUGUCAUGCUUGCAAGGUAAUAACUUUCAAAAAACAGUAUGCAAAUAACAGAUACACAACUAAAAUACAAAACUAAAACUGAAUUGUUUUAUUUAAUUUUCAAAACAAAACCAAAAAAAACACACACACAAACAGGAAAGAAAGAGAAAAAAAGUGAAUAAAUGAAUAUAUUGAAGAAAAAA